AUGCGUAACCUGAGAUCCGGCAAGGCCAAACCUGCGGUUGAACCUGAGCCACCACACACAACAAUACACUUGGCAGGGCUGAGGGAUGCACCACCAGACUCACUGUACCAAGGCACUGCUCUCAAGAUCAUACCCACAGGCUCCAGGCUUCCAGGCUUAACUGCAUCAGAACAGAAGCUUCUGAGGCAAAAGCAACAACGACUGGCAGCGAGUAAAGUCUCCCUGGACCGAGAGGCAAGAAAUUGCGCGGAUGGAGGCACUCUAUCCGUCCAUAACGGCCUGGAGGCAACAUUGAUAUUUUCCCAAUACGAAGCCGGGACUGCCGUCUGCAUUAGCUCAGAAGGCUGGGUAUUAACCUGUGCGCACUGUUUUGGCGAUACCGAGGAAGAACUACAGACAUCAAACAAGCGUCGCUGGCUCCUGUUCUAUACCGGUUUAGCCGUGCAAGCUGAGUGCAUUGUAUGGGAUGCAAGGAGAGACUUGGCUCUUAUGAAAAUUGUUGCGAUGGAGUCUAAAGACGCCGGUGGAAAAGGAGAGGGUAUCGUUUGUCAUUUCCCAUAUGUGCAAUUAGCACCGAAACGGCCAACGGUAAAUACUCCGAUAAUAUGCAUUGGACAGCCCGGUAUGGACGAUUUGGAGUCUAACACGCCGGCGAAAAACAAGUUUGAUUUUGUGGAGUUAUCCUCUGGAAAGUUUCGUGGAAUGGUGGCAGGUGGCGACUGGCAGGAUAAUUCAGAGAUAGGCCAGAUGAAGCAUGAUGCCUGGACAUAUUGGGGUCACUCAGGUGCGCCUUUGCUUGCCGAGGCGGAUGGUACAUUAAUUGGACUGCACUCAUCUUGGGACGAUCAGACUGGCAUGCGUCACGGCGUACCUCUUGUUGCCAUUCGGGAAUUUCUCGCACAACAUGCUGAAUUAAUGGGCUCUCAGGGGCAAGCUGCUAAAUCUGAGGAAGAACAUACCUCGUCGAAAUUGGCCGUUAAUGAAGAUGUGAUUGUUAUUAGCGAUUAG